AUGCGACUGCUCAACGUCAACACACGGCAGCUGUGGGAAUUCUUUGGAGACGCUAUUCCUCCAUACGCCAUCCUCUCGCAUACUUGGGGAAAAGAUGAGGUCUCACUAGAAGAUUUGUCAAGAGAAGGGCACCAGCAGAAGCAAGGCUACGCCAAGAUAGAAGGGUGCUGUCAGCAGGCGAACAAGGAUAAGCAUUCAUGGGUAUGGGUCGACACAUGCUGCAUCGAUAAGACAAGCAGCGCAGAACUUUCCGAGGCUAUCAACUCCAUGUAUCGCUGGUAUGAGAACUCUGAGGUGUGCUAUGCGUAUCUGCGAGACGUGCCGUCUGGAGCAGAUGUUUACGCGCAGGGUUCCGCCUUCCGAAAGAGUCGAUGGUUUACUAGAGGCUGGACACUACAGGAACUACUUGCUCCCCGACGAAUCGAGUUCUACGACACUGAUUGGACGCCCAUCUCUUUUUCCAUGAAGGAUACCUCUGACUACAUGAUCAAGGUAAACUAUGCCAAACUACUCAGCGAUAUUACCUUCAUCGACAAAGAUAUCUUCCAUCCCUUAGUCCAUACCGAAAAUCCCGUAUCGGCAGCGUGUGUAUUCUCAUGGAUGGCGAGGCGAAGCACCACUCGUGUUGAGGACGAGGCAUAUUGCCUGCUCGGUCUGCUGAACAUCAACAUGCCGCUGCUAUACGGCGAGGGUAAAAAAGCUUUCAUCCGGCUGCAACAGGCUAUUUUGAGCAGCUCCGAUGACAUAAGUCUUCUUACUUGGGGAUAUAAUUGUCUUCUUACGCAUGAACAGUCAUGUCUUGCAAGAUCACCAGUACAGUUCCUUGGUUAUCCAAAGGAGUCCAAAUUCCCCGACCAGCGAAUACUAAGGACACAUACCACUGUCACUGGACGUGGCUUGCACAUCGAGCUUCGCAUGUUCCUCGUCGAUGCACGAAGCAAGACCUGGUUAGGCAUCAUAGAAGAAGAAGUGAAAUCAGGCCAUCAAGAGCAAGCAGAUAUACAUCGCGCAUAA